CGAAACACUAAACUGUAAAAAUUGUAAAAAUAACCUGUAAACUAUGUGGCAGCCACCAAUAAUUAUCCAAUCCUUUUCAAUACAACCUAAAAUAUUGAGUAUUUCUGUUAUUUUUAAUAGUUUAUCAUCUGAUAUCGAUUAAUAUGAAAAUAGAUAAAUAAGUUAUGAAACUUCAGAACAUAAUAUUUAUUCAAGUUCUAAUAUAUCUUUUUAGAAGAUGCAACCAAUUACAAAUAGAAAAAUGAACUAUUUGAAUACUUCUAAUUCUGUACAUUAGUUAUAUUAUUAAUAAAAUGAUAAGGAUAUUUCAAUAGUAAUAAGAGAUAUAAACAAAUUUACAAAUAGUUAAUUGAUGAAACUUUUACCAAAGAAAACUAGCAUAACUAAAAAGAAUGUAAAAUAAGUAGGAAAUAUUAAUAUAAAUAAAAAUGUUAUCAUACCAAAAUUAUUAAUACCCUAAAUUCCUGAUAAUAAAAUAAAUUUUCAACAGCUAAUGAAUCAAUAUGAUUAAAUUGUAUAAUAGAGAUAUUGUUAAACAGAAAGAUAAUGGAAGGGAAAGAAAGAAGAUUAAGAAAUCAAAAGAAAAGUAGAAAUUAAUUAAGUACAGAAUAUUAUUUAUUUUAAUAGAGUAAGAAUAAAUAUUAAAUAUCAAUUUAUUCUGUUCCAAGUUCUUCAAAUUUUUAAGGUAAAGGAAUAAGUACUUGUUCUGCUUCAAUAUUAUUAAAAUCUUUAUCAAAAAAAUCUUUAGACAGAUCUCCAAUGACAACAAGAAGAUUAGAAAUAAAGUAAAAUCUUACUAAUUUGAUAAAAUAAUAAGAAAAAGACUUGGGAUUUUAUACCUAAAGAUGA